CUUUGUUUUUCUGUCUGGUCAAAAAUAGACCUGCCUGCUCUCCGUCUUACCUGCGCUCACGCCCAGCUCCUCAUUUAUGCCUUUCCGUCGCCGAAGCGAUUUGUCGACAUGAAUUUUGCGACGGCCGACGGCUUUCGACAUGUUUGUGCUGAGAGUGAUUGUCCACUGCGGAGGCAACAACAAGUGAGCUACAGCUAGCUGGUCCUCCGCUAACGACCCUCCCCUGCUGGUUACCCCCGGACUGAUCACCAUCACUUCGAGAUCUCGGGCAGGUGAACACCGCCACAUCAAACGGACGGAGCCGCUCCUCUGCGUGCUAGCGAAACUACAGCCCUUUGUGGCGAAAGAGAAACCAGUCUCGGUUGUAUAAGCUACAUUUUAUACCAUGGCCAUGGCCUGUAGUCUUCUAAACACGGAUGAUGCCUCUCCAGCGGCUCUUACAGACUUGUGCCUCACCUACGUGAGCCAAAACCUGGAGUGUUUCUGCGUGAAGCGCCCGGAUGGCUCCUUGUGCUUCAGGGAGGCUGUGCUCUUCCCACAGGAGCUAGCGGACCAGCUGUUGGCCAAGAUGGCCACUGAAGGUCUGCUGAACGACAGCACAGUCGGCGUGUUUCGGAACUGUGAAUACUUGCGGCUGAGACGAGCCUGCAUCCGCACAGCCCGCAUCUCUGCAGAGGCUUUUCAGAAAGCCCUAUGCCCUCACAGGCUGCUGGAGCUGGAUGCUGCCAGGGUCAACGCUGACCUAACCAUUCCUGACAUUCUGCAGGGGCUUGCCACCAACAAAUACUGUCAGGAGUCUCUCCAGCGCCUUGUGUUGACAGGUCUCACCAUGUCCUCCCUGGAAGAACCGAUAUGGUAUCGCUUCAGCUCCCUCCAGGGCCUGCGCUCCCUCUCUCUAGCCAACGUGGACUUCUAUGACGCCGGGUUAGUCGACGUGUGUUCGCUGCCUCGGCUCGAGAGCCUCGAUCUCUCCAACACUUCAGUCACAAACCUGAACCCCCUGCUGGGUCUGAAGGAGCGGCUGCGCUCACUAACGCUGCACCAGCUGAAGAGGCUGGAGAUGAGCACUGCGCAGCUGCUGGUAGUCAUAGGCCAGUUGAGUGUACUGCAGCACCUGGACAUUAGCGAUGAUAAGCAGUUUACCUCUGACGUGGCUCGUCAACUGCUUGGUCAGCCGAGGAUCCUGCCCGCUCUCGUUUCCCUAGAUGUGUCAGGGAGGAAACAGGUGACAGACGCGGCCGUCAAGGCGUUUGUUGAGGAGAGACCAGGGAUGACCUUCGUGGGACUCCUGGCCACAGACGCUGGGUUUUCUGACUUCCUCUCGGGAGAAGGAAAUCUAAAAGUAACGGGAGAAGCCAACGAGACCCAGAUCUGUGAGGCGCUGCGGCGCUACAGUGAGCGGGAAGGUUUUGUCAGAGAAGCUCUGUUUCAUCUUUUCAGCCUGACCCAUGUGAUGGAGAAACCAAGGCCAGACAUCCUCAAGCUGGUAGUUUUGGGGAUGAAGAAUCACCCAGCGACUCUGAAUGUCCAGCUGGCAGCCAGCGCCUGCGUGUUCAACCUGACAAAGCAGGACCUGGCGGCAGGGAUGCCGGUCCGACUGUUGAGCACAGUCACUCAGCUUCUACUAGAGGCCAUGAGGACUUUCCCCAACCACCAACAGCUGCAGAAAAACUGCCUGCUGUCCCUGUGCAGUGAUCGCAUUUUGCAAGAAGUCCCGUUCAACAGGUUUGAAGCUGCCAAACUCGUGAUGCAGUGGCUCUGCAACCACGAAGACCAGAACAUGCAGCGGAUGGCUGUGGCUAUCAUUUCCAUAUUGGCCGCUAAGCUGUCCACAGAGCAGACAGCCCAGCUGGGAGCAGAGUUGUUCAUAGUGAAGCAACUGCUCCACAUUGUGCGUCAGAAGGCCACUCUGGGCGUGGUGGACGCCACCCUCAAAUUUACACUGAGCGCGCUCUGGAACCUCACCGACGAGUCGCCGACAACCUGCCGCCAUUUCAUCGAGAACCAGGGGCUGGACCUGUUCAUUAAAGUACUAGAGUCAUUCCCCAACGAAUCCUCCAUCCAGCAGAAGGUUCUUGGUCUUCUGAACAACAUAGCGGAGGUUGGGGAGCUGCACGGGGAGCUGAUGGUGCAGGGCUUCCUGGACCACAUCAGCACUCUGCUGCACAGCCCGGAGGUGGAGGUGAGCUACUUCGCCGCCGGCAUCCUGGCGCACCUGACGUCGAGAGGAGAGGAGGCCUGGACGCUCAGCGCCAGUCUGCGCUCCUCACUGCUCGAGCAGCUGCAUGGUGUCAUCAUGAAGUGGCCCCCACCUGAGUGUGAAAUGGUGGCCUACAGGUCCUUUAACCCGUUCUUUCCACUGUUGGAGUGCUUUCACACACCUGGUGUGCAGCUGUGGGCUGCCUGGGCCAUGCAACACGUCUGCAGCAAGAACGCUUCUCGCUACUGCAGCAUGUUGCUGGAGGAGGGCGGCCUCCAGCAGCUGGAGCACGUUCACACUCACCCACAGACCCACCGGGACGUCAAGCUGCUGGCCGAGAGCAUCCUGGAGAGCCUGCAGCGCCACAGAGCCCGCACGGGGCAGCCGGCACAAGUGCACACGAGUCGCCGGCCGCCGCCGCCGCCGCCGCCGCCGCAGUAACCUCAGAGAAAGUGAGGCUCCCCGAUCGAGAAGAGGACAUUUAACUGACGGGGAGGAGUGUGUGUGUGUGUGUGUGUGUGCGUGUGUGCGUGCACGCUUGUGUAACUGCAUAUUUCGUGCACAAACGCACAAGAAUUCCCUAGAGAGUAAACUAAGUCAAGGACAGAGACAAUGCAAUUCUUUGCACACCCUAACAUUAUUUAUUUUCUAUGUGUUUGUCUCCGAACAGAAGUGUUUCUGCGUGGUAAUCCUGUGAAUAUACAAAAGUUAAAUUAUGGAUAAGCUGCCGCUCAACAUGAAGCUUGUGUUUGCGCUCGCUCCUAUUAGUAAGACCGUGGCAUCAGGAGGAUUUUAGUUCCGAAAACACGUCGGCUCGCGCGUGCAGCCCUCAGUCUGGGAUUGACAACACCCCCCCACUCCCCACCCAUGCGGCUCUCUUAUGUUGCAGAAUGCUCCGGUUGUCUGAAUUCGUUGAUUAGCUUCGUAAAUAUACGCAUGAUGCUGCCCUGAGCUCGAGCAUGCUGGAGACUGUGUGAAAGCUUGCGCUGUUCAUUUAAGGAAUGCCUGCUUGUUUGUUUAUAGCAGCGCUCUGCUCACUAAAAACCCACGGCCCAAGUCGGCAAUACUACUGUUGGUCCCUUCUUCAUCUGGUCUCCUAUCAACUAAUGCCCUCGGUUUGAUGUGACCUGACGUCUGCCAGGGGUGUGCUCGGCGGAUUUAAACGUCCGAACAAAAACCUAAACGACGGACGAGUUCCAUCUCACUGCGUUUUCCUCUGAAGACGUCAGGCGCUCGGAUCAGUGGCACAAGGAAGCAGGCGUGGAAUUUACGUGUCUGGUUAUGUGACAAUAAUGAUGUGGUCACGAUGGGUGUACAUUUGUGUCGAAUGUGUAUAUAUUGGUAUGGUGGUUAUGCUUUAUAAUGCGUGUCUUAAAGACAAAGGCGGCACCUCGGUGUGAGCAUGUUCGUAUGUACGUCUGUACAAGUAGCGGAGUCUUAUGAAGUGCGUCUAACUUGUACAUAAAUGAUAAGAGAAUGAGAGACGCGUUGUCCGUGACAGGUUGAACUGAUUGCAUGUAAAUGAUUUUAUUGUAUGUUCCUGCUUUUUUUCUUUUUUGGUCAGUUUAAAAAUUCUGAUAAAGAACAAAUGAGGGGCAUGAUGAGAAGGAUCCUGUUUGCACGGAGACAGCAGAGGUGUUUUAACAUCUUUAAAGGUAUGCGACAUUGGCAUCCACUUGUACUUCUGUACAGGACCGUAGUCCAGAGAAGCCGCCUUAAGGAACGCCACGUUCUCCACGUUCGGCUCCCAUUAAGGCGCCCGUCUCCGUUUUCUAUGCAAGCACCCUCUGUUACAACGUUUUGGGUCGAGGCGGACGUUGGAAAUCAGCUGGAGUUAUCAGAAGACCGGACGCUUUGCGGACGUGAAUAAAUACUGAACUUGAGACGGCUCUCGGCAAAUCACGCACCUCAUCUGCUCGGUGAAUAACGGCCUUUUUGUGUUUCCGCAAGUCUGCUGCCGUGCGAGCUCGCUAACAAUGCACGGAGCCGUAGACGAGAGAGCUCGUUCUUCUCCGUCACUCCCAUGAACUUCUUGCUUGUUUAAUCGAGGCCCAGGCCAUCAACCCCCCACCCCUCCCCCUCCCCGACAAAGGCCAGUUUGAUUAUUUUUAUUUUGUUCCACAAGAACUGAAAUUUAAGAUCCAAAAUGUCAAGAUACUGUAUGUUUGCUAUGACUGUGCCACUUUGCUGCUCAGCGUCACGUUCUCAAGUUUGAAAAUAAAGAAUGUACAUUGCCAUAAACUAGA